AUGAUCGGUUUCCUCGAUCUCCCUGGAGAGAUUCGCAACUUGAUCUAUGAUCACCCGCUCAUGUUUCAGGAACCAAUUGUCCCAUGGGCAAAAGAGCAGGCACUCCCUAUCAGCCUUUUUUACACAAACAAGACCAUAUACCGGGAAUUUUGCUCAUUAUUCUAUUCGCGAAUCACAUUCAACUUCACCUCACAUGAACUCGGCCAUGAAGAACACCAAUGUCCUGCUCGUUUAACCAAACAGGUAACAUCAUUUCUCGAUCAAAUCGGUCAAAACGCGAAAUAUAUCGAGAGCAUCAAGCCCGACUUCCCACCGCAGGAAAUACGGGAUCUCGGGUGGGAGGUUGAAUUGGUUGACCCGCUUGACUCUCAAUGGAUGAUCGAUGAUGAUGAACACGAUGACGACGAUGAAGAUGUUGAUGAUGCCAAGGACGACUAUGAUUAUUAUGAGAGCUACGAAGAUGAUGAAUACGGUGACGAAGACGACUACUAUGACUAUGAGAGUCACGAGGAUGAGGACGACGAGGACGAGGACGACGGUAGUGGCGACGGUAGUGACGGCGAGGAGUAA